AUGGCUACUGAUAAUGCUUUAAAAUAUUUAGUCAUAUCCAGCUUGUGUAAGAACAAUAUAAAGACCAUUCUCAUGGAGUUUGCAUUUGAAGCAAGUCAGAGUGCCUCAGAUGAUAACGCCCUGAUUCCUAAGAACUCAUCGAUUGAUGACUUUUCUGCAUCUAUUUCUCUGGCCCAGCUUAUUAAGACUGCCAAUCUGGCUGAAGCCAAUGCUUAAGAAGACAAAAUAAAAGCUAUGAUGAUACAGUCUUGCCAUGAAUAUGAUCCGAUCAAUUACAUGAAGAAACCCUUGGGUCCACCUCCACCGUCAUAUACUUGCUUUCGUUGCGGAAAACCUGGCCACUAUAUAAAGAACAGCCCAACAAAUGGGGACAAAGAUUUUGAGCCUGUUCCCAGAAUGAAGAAGAGCACAGGGAUUCCAAGGAGUUUCAUGAUGGAGGUGAAAGAUCCCAAUACAAAGGGCGCUAUGCUGACAAACACUGGAAAAUAUGCAAUACCAACUAUUAAUGCGGAAGCUUAUGCUAGAGGAAAGAAGGAAAAGCCUCCCUUUUCACCAGAGAGGCCGUCCUCCUCCUCCUCCUCCUCAGACGAUCCUAUUCCAGAUGAGUUGUUAUGUCUCAUUUGUAAAGAUACAAUGACUGAUGCAGUUGUUAUUCCCUGCUGUGGAAACAGUUAUUGUGACGAAUGUAUUAGAACAGCAUUACUGGAAUCUGAGGAACAUACGUGCCCAACGUGUCAUCAGACAGAUGUUUCUCCUGAUGCUUUAGUUGCCAACGAGUGCCUACGCCAGGCUGUGAACAACUUCAGAAAUGGAACUGGCUACACAAAAGGGCUCCUUAAGCAGAUUCAGCAGCAAGAGCAGCAGCAGCCGCCACCGCCACCACCUCCACCACCACUCACGACUGGUACACCUCCUGCUGCUCUGCUGACUGCCGCUGAACUUUCUAAACCUUCCUCUCUGUCAGUGAGCAGCCUGUUGGAAGAGAAGGGCUAUCAGGUUCCUGUGCUAAGAGAACCAGCCUUACCAAGCCUUCUGGGCCCCCAAGGACAAUCAGUACCCCCAACUGGUCAUCCAGUGAGGGCCAGUCCAGUUCGCUCAGCAGGUGGCAGACCAGGCUGGGAACUAAGUUCAAAUCGAGGACGCCCGCACAGUGAACGUACCCAAAGGACUCAGGCCCCAACACUACCAGCGUCAACACCAGUCUUUGCGCCUGUGCCUCCACCUCCCUUGUAUCCUCCACCGCCCCAUGCACUUCCUCUUCCACCCGGGGUACCACCACCACCGUUUCCUCCUCAGUUUCCACCUGGUCAGCCUCCAUCUGCUGGGUACACUCUCCCCGCUCCAGGAUAUCCCCCAGCUGCUGCAAACAGGUCAUCAGCUUGGGUACCAACAGCAGUACCAACGGCUCAUUCAAAUACCGUCUCAGUGACACAAGCACCUCCUUCAUAGAAUCAUAGAAUCAUUGAGGUUGGAAAAGACCUUGAAGAUCAGCGAGUCCAACCGUAAACCCAACACUGCCAAGUCCACCACUAAACCGUGUCCCUAAGUGCCACAUCGACACAUCUUUUCAAUACCUCCAGGGAUGGUGACUCAACCACUUCCCUGGGCAGCCAGUUCCAGUGCUUGACAACCCUUUCGGUGAAGGAAUUUUUCCCAAUAUCCAGUCUAAACCUCCCCUGGCGCAACUUGAGGCU